CAGAUCAUUACGACUUGUUGCAUCAAAUCCAGUACACGGCGCACCGACUUUCGUAAAGACUACUAAAUUUCAAAAGUGCACAAACAGACGCCAAUAUGGGAUAUUCAGCAAUGCUACUAGGAUUUUCCUGGUUAGUCAUGAUCAAUAGUAUUGGAUUCGCUGCAGUCUUACCGAUGAACCAUAUUAUAGAGAACUCACUUUCAGAUGAAUCGACAUUUAGAGGUAAUGAAAAAAAUGCAGCAAAAUUUGAACUUAAAGAUUGGGUAAUGGUAAAAGCAACGCCCUCAGACCCUAUUCGAGUUCCUCCUGGUGGCAGGGUUGAACUUGAAUGUACGGUUUUCGGUAGCCCUGUGCCUCAAGCACAAUGGAAUCGUGGAAUACAACUCAAUCAGAUUACAUUAGGUCCAAAUGAAUUCGAAGAUUCUGGUGAAUUUCAAAGUGUCGGUAAAGUUACAGUAAGACAUGUAAUUGACUGUGUCCAACCACAUCACCAAGGAGUUUAUACGUGUAGUGGUCAAGCAAGGGAUCAGACAAUGGCCAGUGAUCCAGUCGCAAUCUCAAUUGAAGGCAGGGCAGUUCAGUGUUCCAGUGGUAAAACUAGAAUAGUCAAGUGGAGUCCAAUCAUAACGCAGAUGAUUGGUUCAACUGUAGUUAUACCAUGCGUGGUAACAGACACUGCACCAUACAGGCAAUAUUGGAAAGACAACUUUGGUAACAUAAUAGACACUGACAUCGAUUCCAGACGCAAAUUGGGUCCCGAAGGAGAGCUAAUUUUAAACAACUUAAGCUGGUCAGACAUGGGUGAAUAUACUUGUGUUGCGGAAAAUUCUAUAAGUCGAGACAACACAUCUACGUUCCUGUAUCCAAUGUUACCUAAUGUUUAAAAUAUCUUACACGUAGAUACACACCAUAGGAAAUUAUCUAUAAUCUCUUAACAAAAUUUGCUCUUAAUGUUCAAAUAUUAAAGCAUUGUAAUCUGAAAUAAUUUAUUCAAUUAUAUAACUUUAUAUAGUCGCUUAUACGCUCAUUAAUAGCUGCAGUCCAAUAUUAAAAUGACAUUAAAUUAUAUYGAUUAGUUCUAGAAUUUUACUGCUUUAAUAGUCGAAUGCUUAUACUAUAUGUAUCGUAAUCGUAAACCAUUGAGUAUUUAUCUUUUAUUUUGUUAUUUCUUAAGUAAAAUAUUGCUUGCCAUCAAGUCUCGUAUUGUUUUAUUGGUUGUGCAAUAAAUUUAGAGUGUUAAAAACUCAAA